CAAUUUAUACGCUUUUAACACGUCGUAACAAUAAACGCUGAUUGCCGCCGUGCAUCCUUGUAAUUUUGUUCUUUGCUCGUCCUUACGUAUUCUAAAGCGCCGCUUCGCCGUGAACAAGAAAAUGAAGGCGACCGUCUUCUUGUCACUCUCGCUGAUUGUGCUCAGCGCUAAGGCUUGGCCAAUGGUGAAGAAGUCUUUCGACCUUUUUGCCAAUGAAGCUUUCAAUAACAUUCAUGUAAUUUCAGAUUGUAUGCAUGUGACAUCCGAACCCGGCGAAUAUGUCUUUAAAAAGGUACCACAUUUGGUGGCCAACACAAAGGAGACGCCACUGGUGGAAGCUGCCAUAGAAGAGUCGACGUCGGAGGUAUGUGGCCUCUAUGUGAUUGGCGAGCCCGACACGAUUGUUGAAAUAACAAUGAAGCACUACGAUGUCAAUUGUGCGACCGGCGGUCUAAUGGCUUUUGUCGAUGGCUGGGAGUUGAAUGGUGAAUAUUUUCCGGGCAUUAAGGAUCAUCAUCGCGAGUUAGAAGAGCGUGUCAUCGAGUUUUGCAACAAUUAUAAACAAUGGCCACGUGUUGCAAAUAAGAAAUUCUUCCGUUCGAGUCAAAAUGCAGCGCUGCUGCAGUAUCGCAUACCAUUCCGCGGCUCCUUCAUUGCACACGUUCGCUUCCACAAGAUAACACAGCCUUGCAACGUGCUGGCGCAAGACACGGCCGCCAUCUUCAAUAUGGCUAAUUUCGGUAAGCAACGCAACUGCACGCUCUCAGCACUUUUCCCAGCCGCAGUGUCAGUGGCCAGUUUGAAAAUCGGCGGCAAGAAUAUGCGUGGCGAGAAAGUUAAUUAUGACUGUGGCAUGUAUGAGGAUCGCUUGGAGGUCGGUGGCUCUUCCGGACUGGACGCGUAUGCAAUGGAGAAGGCUUCAGAUGUUUGCGGCUACUCAGAUCAGCAAGGUCCCGAGCAGGCAAUCUUCUGCGGUGUAACCACGGUGCGUUUGAUCUCCACUGGCCGAUAUCAGAACCAUGCAGCCGUAAUGCUACGCAAAGCCGACGAAACCGAUCUCGACAUCGCCACACUCGUCUGUGCGCUAUAAAUCUCAAAGAAAAUGGGAAAAUCAGUUACAAAGUAAAGAUUUUGCGGGAAAUAAUUACGACCAGCUUUUUAAGUAAUAGAAUGUGACACUCAAUUAUACAUACAUAUAUAUAACACAUAAUAAGCUUGCCUGUAUGAUUAGGGUAUUUGUUGAGCUCUGUCUACAGAAAAAAUGAAAACAAAAAAUUCAAAAAUUAAAACACAAUAAUGAAAUAAAUUAUCGAAUCAGUUAAGAUAAGUUAUUUGCUCGAAAUUUGAAAUUGUUUACACAUCUUAGUACUUUGUACUUACAAAAUAUUGUACAUAUGCAUACCUACUUUCGAAAGCCUCAAUUUGUUAAUGUAUAUUUCAUAAUUGUGUGUAGUAACCGUGUUCCCAGCUUGCUUCCAAAAAUUGGAGACUUUCAUCGCCUGUAUAUUACAUAUAUACUUGUACGUACUUGAAUGUAAUGUUAGUAAAAAAAUAUUCAUAGUAAAGCAAGAAGAAAAAUGCAAUUAAAUAUAAAUAAAAGACUUAAUUCA